AUGGGAGCCGACGGGGGAUCCUUCGCCAAACGGGAUGACUUGAUCAAGACGAAGAAGGCCACUGUACAUGCUGAUCAGCACGAAUUACAGCGACUCCUCUGGCACACGUGCGCCUUAUCGAAGGAGCCUUUGCGUCAGCCAGUAGUAUCUUGCGCUCUUGGCAAGCUCUACAACAAGGAAGCGCUGAUUUCACAUCUCCUCGACCCGGCGUCUGGCAGCGACGGCCAUGCGGUCGCAUCGCACAUUCGAUCUUUGAAAGACGUCACGACCCUCAAGCUAACGGCCAAUCCUGCGCUCGGUCCGUCAAGCUCGCCCUCGUCGGAUGAAGCCGCUCCUGUGAAUGCUCUAGAUGCCGUCAAGUUCAUCGCCCCAUUUGUAUGCCCCAUCUCGCUGCGUGAGAUGAACGGAUCCACCAAGUUCGUUUAUCGAAGACCCGGAGGCUACGUCGUAUCCGAGGCGUCCCUCAAGGAACUAAGCAAAGCUGGGGCGGAAGCGACCUUGCUUGCCGACGUUGGCACGAGCUCGUCGACGGACACAAGCUCGUCACAAUGGAUCGUCAUUAAUCCGCGAGCAGAUGAGCUGGAAGCUGCGAAAGUUGCUUGGGAGGCCGAACGAGGUUGCGCGAAAGAUGCGAAGCGUAAACUCAGAACCAGCAAACGUAAGGCAGGCGAUGAUAUCGGACCCUUACAUCCGAACAAAACGAAGCCACCCGGACGAACGGUUCGGAUGGCAACCGUCGGCCCUGCGAUCAAGGCAGGUUCGUCCGUGCCCCUCCUCUCUUCGUCACUGGCCGCGAAGCUGGCCGCGGAGAAAACGACACUAUCUCCUGCCAUUGCCUCGCUCUACGUCGACCCAACGGCCGAUCCGAACCAUGUGAGUCACGAAUAGGCGCGCUCACAGCGAGGUCGCGACGUCCACUGACGCGCCUGUGUGCCCUCUCUUAGGACAAGGACGGCCGCUCAACUUGGAUGACCCGUGGUGCUUUCACCAGGUAUGCUGGUUGA